UAUCUCAUUCCUUAGUUAGUUAUCAUCGAAGUCAGUUCGUUGCUACAAAUUACUACAACACUUACUUUUCAGUUUAUAUUUUUAUUUUCCGCAAAUUGUUAUAUUAGUUUUUUUUUCAUAUAUACAAAUCCAAAACCAUGGCAGAUGUACAGAUAGAUAACGAAAAACCCAUCAAGCAAAGACUGUGGGAUUGCUUUGUGCUCUUCCUGGCUGAACUUUUGGGCACUGCUCUAUACGUUUACAUUGGCUGUAUCAGUUCCGUGGGCGUGUUCAACAUCACAACUAUAGCGACGUGCUUGGCCUGGGGAUUCGCAGUAUUACUUCCAGUCCAGUGGUUCGGGUGCAUUUCUGGUGGCUUUGUCAAUCCAGCUGUGACCCUCGCUGCGGCCAUUUAUCAAAAGCUCUCCAUUGUCAAUGCACUUCUAUAUUUCGUGGCCCAGUUGCUGGGUGCUUUUCUCGGGUAUGGAUUCAUUAUUGGAUCGUUACCUAAGAACUUAUGGAAUUACGAUUUCUGUGUGCCGAAAGUGCAAGUUGGAUUAGAGAUAUGGCAAGCCCUUCUUAUCGAGUAUUUCGUCACUUUGGGUCUAGUGUGGAUUGCCUGCGCCUGUUGGGACCCACGCAAUAAAGAAAACACCGAUUCAAUUAGUAUUCGCUUUGGACUAGGCUAUGCGGGGCUCUGUCUAGCUAGUAUUAACUUCACUGGAGCUAGUCUCAAUCCAGCCAGAGCCUUUGCAACGGCUGUUAUCCAUAUGUACUUCAAAAAUCAUUGGGUGUAUUGGGUGUCUCCCAUCCUGGCAUCGGUCACUGGAUCCCUGCUCUAUAAGUACGUGUUUAGUCGUGAUGCGGAGAAAUAGGCCUUAAUAUUUCGCUAAUAUCGAAUGUCGAAAAUUGUAUACUUACAUAGAGCUCAUACUUUUCAAGUGUUACCAGGUUCUAUAUGCAGUCUGUAAAUGAACUAUUGUAUUCCUCAGUUCCUUUGUAAAAGGAUAAAUAAAUAAGGGUUAAUAUUUACAGAA